AUGUAUCAUGUGUAUAAUUUAUAGUAACGACACCGCACAACAUUUGCAACAGUUCCCGAAAGUAGACUGCAGAGUCCGUUGUUUGCGCGAGCUGAUUGCUUCAGGAGGAGGUUUCCGCUUUGCGCCGAUACAAAAGUAGCGCUUUGUGUGAGGUUUUGCAAGCACAUCUACUGAUCUAGCUAUUCCCUUGACCUGAAAUUAUGUAGACGUACAGGCGGUGAUCUAUUGUACUACUACUGGGUCUGAGCCUGUGAAACCGAUGAAAUCUGCUUGUAAGGACAGGUCAUUUGAUUCCUCCGAAAAGGGACGAUGCCGUAAUUGAUGGUAUCCGGUAAAUUCAGCCUGGACUCUACGCGGUGAACGUAGCAGCAGCAGCACGCUGCCAAUAUGGCAGAAGCUGAGCCAGGCCGCUCGAGCGUCCUGCUGUCCGAUCUACUCGAGGACAAUUCCGACGCUCUGUCCUCCGCGCUAGCGGCAAAUCCUGGUGAAAUCCUCGAGACGCUGCAGCUGGCCAGGGUACUUGAGGAAGCGGAGUGCCGACGGCUUCAUGGCGCUGCAGAGCUCGAAAUGUUUGCUCUUCUCCUGGAUGUCAUUCCACGGAGUGAUUCUGAAAGAUGGAGGGCAGCACUCUCGGUUAUCAGGGACCAGAGUCGAGCCACUGGAGUUGUCCAGUUUACUGAAAGUUUGGAGAACUUCCUAAUAGGUGAUGCAGACAAUUGCAAUGUUACCUCGCCCGGAACAUUUUCUGCCAGCAAUGUUGCCGUUGAACAAGGCAGUCACAACAGAUCAGUUGAGGACAUUCCAGAAUCGUUCAAUUCGGGCUGGGAGUCAGAAUUUGACUCUGACCUGGAUCAAACAGACAGACCGCUGCCGCACAGCGAUGCCCGUUACUCUUGGAUCUCGCUCGACAAAACACUUCACUAUAUGCGAAAGGAGAUACCUCUUCCUGGAUCCACUCGGGUGCUGGAUUGUAACUGUGUCACUGUUGACGAUUAUAAAGAGCUGUAUGGACAGCUAGGAACUAGUGUCCAGCUCACCGCCACUCUGCAGGGACCGAGUGCCAGCAGGCCACGUGCUCUGGCAGGUACUGUGGGGGACAUCGUUGAAGUGUUUGACCGGCCGUCCGACACAACGUACCUGGUAAAGCAUACCGUGACUGGGCACGUCGGCUUGGUUGAUGUAGACCAUGUGUCAACAACUGGCAAGAUCACAUUCCCCGAAGAAUCAUCAGCUGAACUCAUUGAGCGGUUUCAUAAUAAGGAAAAUCAUUCGGUGGAUGUCAUGUGGGAGAAGUUCAUCUCCUGCUUGCACACCGGCCCCAUGGGACCGCCAAAAGAUGCCAGCAAGCACGCAGCGCCUCUGGGAUCGUUCAAGCCGAUCGCUGGGUUGCGCUACCGGAUCAUGCGAGAUCGUACACUGGCCAGUAUCUGCUACACGGCCAGCCUGCUCUUGACCCAGUGCUGGAGCGAGCCGAGUCAUCAAAUGACUAAUCGCGCCGACGCUGAUAUCUGCAACAGUCCUAUGGACUUUAUGCUGCUGGGCAUGUCACUACUAGUCAGUCUGGCAAGUCGAGAUGACUUCUCAACAUUGCGCUGUACCGAUGAAUACCGGUUGUUUAUGGCGCGUCUCAACAACUUCUGCCUGUGCCAUUGGCGCCAAGAUACUGCGAACUAUUUCAAGGAACGCCACCGAUUGCUGGAGCAGUUUUCCAAGUCUCUGCCGCGUGGCUCUGGAGCGAUGCGAGAUGUUAUCAGCACGCUCGUAAUGAUCACUAACAUGCAGUGCGUCUACACAGUGUUCGCUCUGGUGAUCAUUGAUGGUUGCGUGCAGAGCACAUCGUCCACCAACCCUGCACACACUCAACUGAUGUGGAGGCAAGUUGCCGAGUCGCUACAUUGGCAGGAGCCAACUUUGCGAAAGAGCGUCUUUCUCGAUCUGCUCAGCUCUGACCUAGAGAUGGGACUCUACCAAGGGUUCUCCUUCGUUCUUCCUAUCGUCGAGCUGUCCAGGAAGUUGUUCUAUUAUCAAUUGUUCGAGGACGCAUCCAUCUUCCACAGUUAUUCGGCCUUGUCUGUUGAUUUUGCCAGUGAUGCAUUGUCAGUGUGGAGAUUGGCAUCAUGCAGCAGCUCGAGGGAAGACGGCGGCAGUGUUCGACGGCUAUUGGAGGACACAUUGUUCCUGGGAAUGAAUGACGUCCUCCCGUUUGUUGUGUCGGCAGCUGCCUACUACCUGAAACCUGCUACCUUGGCAUACAUGAUGCAAAGCUCAGUCAAGGAAGCAUCGACCAUGUAUGAUAAGAUCCUGCGCAUAGUUGACCCUAGACAUGAACAAGGAUUGCAAUCAAUUGUGAAGGCUGUCCUGUACACAUUUCAGCGUGAGCACCAGUCUCUAUCCUACCUAAAUGAAGUACUAGCCGGAAUGCAGUCCGAUGAGCCAAUGGAAAGGGAGCUGUUUGCUGGUGUUGCAAGCCUGCUGCUCAGCGGCAAAGUAGAGGUCAAAUACUAUGCCCCUGAUAAUGUGGAAGAACUGAUGGACACAGUUGCAGGUAUCUGUGACCGUCUCAGUAUGCAUCAACUCUGGGACGGUGCUGUGGCCAAUAACCUGGAGUCUGCCAUCAUCUUCAUUCACCGCAUCUGCGGCAGCAGCGCCACCAUUACUGCCAGAGUUUUCAAGCGUUCGGCUAAGCUGCGUGAAUGCCGUGUCAAGCCGUCUCGUCGUAUGCCACGUGAUUUCUCCAUCGGCUACUCAGAAGCAGCUGGCUACAUGAAGCAGUGUUGUGUGGUUCUGAAUGAGCUUUGUGAUGACGCUGCAUGCCUGGAUCCCAACGGGCCUCAGAUGGUCUUCUGGCUGUGGCUAUCGUCAAAGAUUGUGACCCAAUGGAAUGCGUGCGAGCUGAAGGAAGCCUUCAAUCCCCUAUUGGAGCUUGCCUCACACCUACCAGACUUUGCCGAAGUGCAGAAGCAGCACCCACUGUCUAUCGUCCUGCAGGCCAUCCUCUACUCAAAAUUCUUGGGUAGCCUGAAAGUGUCCCUGUCACCUCCAAAUUACCUGGCCCUGAAGGAGAGUCCCACUGUUUGCCAGUUGCUUGGACUGUGCGAGGAUGCAUUGACUAAGUGGCACGAAGUCAACGCUGGUUCGAGCCCGAAAUACUUAUUCGAAGGCUAUUAUCAGCUAGUGGACAAUGCACAUGAUGUGAGAAUGCGCCUGACAGCCGACCAAUACACGCUUGAGGAAUACUCUACGUAUCUAACCUUCAAGGAGAACCUGAAUCAGCUCUUGUGCCAUCUUCAGCUGGAAACCAUAGCAGACCUAACUGGCUGGAGGGAUGCCAGCAAGAAACUACACACAUUCAAGUCUCUUCUGUACUGGCUCGUAGCAAAGGAGAUCAACGGAGCGCGCACCUCGUGUGCUCGUAUCACACACCUGUCUGAGAACCGGCAAGUCAAUCUCUGUGAUGUCAACAGUGAGCUAGCCAAGACUGAAGCCCUGUACUACAAGCGCCUUGACUUCAAAGUCGACGGCACAGUCACCAUGAAGGCACACAAGUUUGUGGCAUCCACAGUUUCAAAAAGCAGGAUAUGCCGCUAUUUCGAGAGCUGCGCACAGACCUCCAGUACCUUUGGCAACUCUAAACCACUGGAACGCCUAUUAAAAUCCGUUCAUCGUGAGUUGAAAACACUGUUGCAUCCAGAGGCUCACUUUGGAAGAGUGUGUGCCGUCAUCGGUUCAGUAUUCAAGGGCUGGAACGAGCCAGCUGCCACUAUUCUCCCAGCUAUUGAGGCGGAAAUGCGGCUGCUUCGAAGCUGCGAGCUCCUGCACGGUGAACGCAAUGCUAUUGACCAUCUGCAGCGUAUCUGCCUCUGCAGUUGUGCCCGGGAGCAAGGCGUGGUCAAGGGUUUGCUGCGCUUCAAGGUGGCGUCAAACACGGGAGAGCUCCAUGAUUUCCUGGUUGAAAACAGUCGCCGAUAUGACUGGGACUGCUCUUUGGCCACGGCUGACCGUAACUCAAUGUGUUUGUACCACGUCAUCAAGGAUUUCAAGCCAUGGCAGUGGGACUUCUUUGUGCGCUAUGGCAAGCACGAGUACGACGAUUUAUUCAGAUUCUACAACGACGCGUUUGAGCGUCAUGAGAACUUUGAGCUGGACCUGGCGUUGGUGAACUCAAGCCUUGAGGAUCCAUAUCAAGCUGGUUUGGUCAACAGUUUCAAGUCACUGCAGCCCGCCAUGGAGCAGUUCUUCAAAGGUGGCAGAUCACUGAAAGAUAUCAUUGAUUUCCUGUGCUCUCCGGCCAUUGAAGACGUGAACUUUGAUGAUGCUGUGAAGAACCUACCAAUGGUCAGCUCGCUGCUGAAGAGCAUCAUGGGGAGCUACUUUGACGCUGUGCAGAAGUAUCGCGAUGCAUUGCUUGCCGACUCUGCGUUUGCGGCUAUCAACCUGAAAGAUGAUAAGCUGACGUACUAUUGUGAAAUUGAGUUAGACAAUGACCUCACCACCUCUGGCACCAAGAAAAAGAAGUUGGAGAUGGAGGAACUCAAUGAGCUGCAACUAUGGUUACCGUACUUCCACCCGGAAGGUGAUGGUGGAGAUGAGGAGAGUCCCAUUGUCAACUUGGCGAACUGUCUUUCUCUUCUCGGCACAGUGUACGAGACGGCCAGGCGUCUGCAGGAAAACGGGCACUUCCAGUACCUGUACCGUCUUUGUGGAGUGGAGUGCUCACCUUUUCGGCUGCGCCUCGACAAGGUGAAGCAACUGGUGCAGCAGUCGAAACUUGCUGCUCGUCAAUGGCAGUCCAAACUCACCGAUCUGCGCGAGAGUUGCCCUGUACUGCACCUGUUCUCAGACCGUGAUAUUGGCCACAUGCUGCAGCUUGUGCUGGCCGUCAUGAUGGGAGACGAAGCCAUGACCAAUGCGUCGGUUCUCUACUCAUACAUGCUGACGCUGCAUUCGUUCGCCACAGUACCAAUCACACUCACACCGAGUGAAGUCGCCAAUAACAUUCUCACAGCAACCAGCUUCAGUGCAACGCAGCACCUGGUUCAAAUCUUUUCAGCACCCAAUGUAGUCAAGGAGCACAAGACAACGAUUGCUCAUCCGAACAAGCAGUAUAUGCUUGCUGUUGAUGGGUGCCUGGCACCACACAACUUUCCAACGGCACUGCUCACUGUUAUUGUCAGACAACUUGGCACGGUGCGCUUCUGUCGAACCCAGUUUCUUUUCUGCGACUGUUCGACUACGGAGAGCGCUUUGAACUGCUUCUUCAACGCUGUGACCCUGUCUCCAGACCAGCACUUUGUUGUCUGCCAACCGGAGAGCCUCUCACCGCAUUGCCAAGCACUGCUACUAACACUUCAGAUGAAGGUGAAGAUGAGGCCAGUUGGCUGUCAGGUCCAUUUCAUCACCUGCGAUAAGCUUCUCUUCGACACAUGGCCAGAUCAAGGUUUCCUGGUGAAGAAGUUUCUCGACCCACUGGGCUUUAGCGAGCUUAAUGAUAACUACCAUGAGCUCAAUCACAUUGCACCGCUCUCUCUGCCCAAUGUCACCACUGUCUCGGGAGGAGCUGGUGACGGAAAAUCUCAUUAUAUUCGUCGACAUGGCUCUGAUCUUGUGGUUGUCGACAUUGCUAACUUUUCCGACACCAGUCAAUUUUGCCGAAUGCUCAUGAAGACAUAUUAUCAGGAAGUGUGUCCAUCCGUGCACAUCAGACUGGGAAUCAAGGCAAACUUGGCUGACGUGAACCGAAUCUUCUUCGAGCUCUUCUGGCUGGGUGUGCUGCGUGCUCCGUGCGGAGAACAGAUAUUUGGCAUCCUACCGCAUGUUCACCACCCUUGGGACUGGUACGUGGAAAUACCCGACGAUCCUGAGCUGACGGAAGAUGGCAGUGCUCUUGACCUGGAGAGAGAUUUGCCAUUUCUGAUGACAGUAUCAACACAGAUAAUCCAUCAUGGCAAGUCCAUGAGCCAUGAUGCAGCGGAUGAAGAGAGCUUGGAGAUUGAUGCCAACAUGGUUCGGGUUGCGGGUCAUUUGAAAUGCCUUUUCGGCAACAAGCAGCAUAUGGCCGGUCAGAGAUGCCACAAUGACAAAGAAUGCAGGCGUGCAUAUCACUUGGUCAUGCGAGACGCUUGCAAGAACUGGCAGCUGCUGAAUGACAUGCCGGCCUCUAGCAGUUUGGGAGGGAGUUCGUCCAUGACAGAGGCUGCACCAAUCAGCAAAGCCCAGGAGAUGUUGGUCUAUCGAUAUAUCUGUCAAAAAUGGACCACGACGUUGACCCGUGAAUUUCAGGAGCGCUGCAAAGAAGAUCGAGAGCUCUGGUUUGAUGUCUUACGACACAUUGUACAGGAGGCAAGCUACGUGUGUCGGCCCAGGCUGCUAUUUGUUCUCAGUGAGUUCAGAUUCCCGGUGCUGAUUUCAAGCACACUGGAACUCAUUUCUUCUCAGUCCGGUCGUGAGAUGAAGGAGGCGUCCGAGGGAAUGCUGGAAGGGUGCCUGCCGCCAGCACGGCGAAUGUUUGUCGACACCGGAAGUAGCGACGGCAAUAAGGAAGGUCUUGUCAAGCUGCUUGCAAGCACGUUCAAGAUUUCAGAACAUGACGUGCAGCGGGUGCUACGCCGUCGCAAAUUUGUCCUCACCGAGGACUUUGCAUUCAAGUUGGUGUUGAUCCACGAGCGACGUGAUCUUCGACAGCCGUUAAUCCUGGAAGGGGAUACUGGAACAGGAAAGACUUACUUGCUGAAGCUCUAUGCAUCACUUCUAACGCAAGCUGUGUCCGUUCAUCUUGUACCUCUGACACUUAAAUGGAUCCGGAGUAUGAUCUUUGGUGAGAGCUGGAACAACAUGAACUCGCAGGGCCGCCAGACGUUCCCCAAAACGGCUGGUGCAAGUGCAAGCGCUAGCGGCAGCAGAGGGGAAAUGCAUUACCCUGAAGAUGGUGACUUUAGCAGCUUCACAACAGAGGAUGUGCUGAAAAUAUGGGACAGCUUUCUGCUAGCGCUGCCACCUGACUCUGCAAGUAGGGUCAUAAUUAAGUUGCAACGCGUAAUCAAGUCCUGGAAGAAUGAUUAUCCUGUCCUCAAGCCAGUCACAACUACCGUGGAACAGUAUGUCGAGAAGGUGAUUUCCAACCAGGAAAGCAGACAACUCCUAAAGUCGUGGCUAGAAACGAAGAACAAACGCAUGUUCUACAAAGUCCUAGUGCAUCCUGGCCUGACGAAGAAGAGCAUCAUAACAACCGUGGAGAAAGCGUCUCGAACAGCUCGCAGCACUAAGCAAGCUGUUGUAGUGUUCUUUGAUGAAGUCAACACAUCAAGCUGCCUGGAUCUCUUCAAGGAGAUGUUUAUUGAGAACACUAUUGAUGGCAAGAAGGAACUCUGCUCUAGGUCUGUGUUCUUCAUCUCUGCGUGCAAUCCGAAAGUGACUGAGACAAAUUACUUUCAACUUCGUCGGGUAACGGAGGAAGGAUUCGAACCGACAUAUGAUGUGCGUCAGUUGCCAAAGUCAUUGCAACUUUACGUCUGGAAGUAUGAAACACUGGUCGGAGAAAAAGAACUUGAAGACUAUACUGCUGACAAGAUUCGGUUUAUGAAGGGCCACCCGAUGUUGAAAAAACUGAAGUUGCAGGAGGAAUUUUCAGACAAUGUUUUGGAUUUGCUGAGCAAAAUGCUAUUCCAUGCGUACCAGUACAGCCGCAUUAUGAUCGGGCCCAGCUUUACCAGUCAACGAGAUGUACAGCGUGUCUUCCUGCUCAUACCAUUCUUCUGGAAGGUGGAGGUCUUCAAGAUCACUCAGGAUGGAUAUCAGGCCUCAGUACAAGCUCUGCCAGACAAGGUUCUGCAGCGCUGUAUCCUUCUCUCGGUGGCAGUCGUCUUCUAUCUCCGGCUUCCAAUUGAGCCAUGUGCCAGGUACAAAGGAGCCUGUCGUGCCGAUCUUGAUGCGUAUAUCAGUGAUAAUGUGAAAAACAAGGAACUUGGAAAGACUCCUCUUGCAGCUGUAUUGGAACAAUGCAUCCGAGAGUUUGUCAAUGAGGAUAACUUCAAGAUUCCGUCUGGUGUGGCACUAACCAAUGCCCUGAAAGAAAACAUCUUUUGCAUUGUCGCCUGCAUUCAGACGAAGAUACCACUGGGAAUAAUCGGUGAGCCUGGCUCUUCCAAGACUCUCAGCUUUCACAUAGUACGGGACAACCUGAUUGGCGAUCAUGCACCUCGGCCGUUUUGCCGGCAGUUCACGUCGGUGGACCCGUUUUUCUGCCAAUGCUCACCGGAGACGACGACGGGCCAGAUUGAGACCGUGUUUGAGAACGCGCUGACACGGCAAGGUCUGUAUCUGAAGACGGACAGUUCUGGCAGCUCUCGACCGUCAUCUGAUGAUGAGGAGCCCACACAGAUUCAGCGCUUCUGCCAGGCAACGGUGUUCAUGGAUGAGGCGGGUUUGCCGGGCUACAAAAAGAAUCGCUCCGUGAUGAAAGUACUGCACCCGUACCUUGACGAGCCGGAGGUGGCAUUCAUUGCCCUGUCCAACCGUUGGUUUGAUGCAGCUAACACCAACCGCAUGGUGACACUGCUCCGAUCACCAUCGUCAGCCAGUGAGCUGAACUCUCUUGCAAAGGGAGUUGCUAUGUUUGCUCAUCCCGGCGAUGAUUUGGUUCAGCUCAGCUCUGACGCAGAGGACCUACUACAGAGUAUCUGUGCAGGCUAUGAGUCCGUGAUCAAGCGCCAUGAGAAGUUUUUCCACCAGCGAGACCUCAUUUCUCUGGUCCGUUGUUUGCGACGUCUGAAACUACUAGAUAAGCCAACCGAAGCUAUUGAAGAGGCCCUGCGUCGUGCAAUUGAAGAGAACUUUGGUGGUCUUGAACAGGCUGAGAGUGACUGGAUUGUGGCUGAGUUCUUCAAGAACAUCACUCUGCCCUUGUUUGACAGAGCUGCUGAGAAUGUUCCCCGAAACAGUUCUCUGCAGACGUUAUGCUCCUUGAGAGAUCAAGUAGCUUUUGAUCAUCAGGCAACAAUUAGCUGCCACUUGUCAUCUAGUCCUCUGGCACCACGCUACCAGCUUCUUGUCGACGAGCUGGGCUAUGAGCAAAAUUUCCUGGACAUCCUGUUUCACAUUGGCCUCCUGAAGCGCGAUGGAGAUGAAACCAAGGUAUUCCAAGUAUCGAGCCUUUCCGGUAACGACGAGGACUUCCAAUGCUCCAAUAUUCUUGCCAGCAUCAAGCAUAGCCUGGAGAAACCAUGUACAGCUGUCAUCUGUUACUCUCCUAAGCUUCAUGGCUUCCUCUAUGAGCUUUUCAAUCAGAAUUUCCGCACCUUGACCGCGCAUGGAAAGGAGUGCACCUACUCUAGCAUUGCCAUGAAGGAUAGCUCGUUUCCGUGCCAAGUUCACGAACAUUUCCGCUGCAUUGUCAUUGUUACCCGGGAGAUGGCCAAAGCUGAGAAGACGCCAUUUCUCAGCCGCUUCUCGAAAUUCUCGGUGACUUCUACGGAUGUUGUGGACUACAUUGCUACACGGGCCAGCAAACUCCAAGAUCUUGAGGCCCUACUGCAUCGGUGUGUCGCUCUGACUAGUCAUGUGGAGAAGAGGAACUUCAUUGGCUGCGGUCAGGAUCUAUUCGCUGGAACUCUCAACAUGCUACUGGUUUCACAGUUCUUCAACUCUGCCGGCGCAUUCUCACUUGGAAGCAGCCUCUCUGAUUCUACCACCGCAAUUCUGGAGUCACUAUUCCGCAUGAUUCCACUGGAGUCUUUCCUGAAUGUGUGCUCAUCCUUCACACCAGUGGAGUUGUAUGCUCGUGUGUACUUUGAAUGUCACACGGACUUCACGUUGCAAGGGGCAAUUUCAAGGAGGAAUUCCCGGGAGCUUGGUCUGAGGAAACUUCUGCUGAUCACGCAGUCUCCGCAGUCACGCAUUCAACAGCUUAAUGGUUUGCUGACGAGCCGGGGCCUGUCAGCAGUGCAAGUCGUGUCAGUCAGCGCGUUCCAGCACUACUCCGAGGCCAAGAAGGCUGUGAAGGACUUCAUCCAUGGUGAUGGAGACAGUAUUGUGUUUCUCUUCAACAUCUCUCAGCCAUUGCAAAAGGCAGCCAUUGGUUCCAUGCGACAGCUUAUUGACGAGCAGUGCGUGACGUGGCGGUCAGCACUUGUUGGUAAAGACAAAACAUUCGUGCUGCUGAUCUACUCGCUCCUUGAACUACGGAUGACUGACUCUGUGCUCGUGUCAUUCUUCAAUGGCUGGACAUCUCAGCACGUGUCAGUUCUCGAUGAGAAGCAAGUGCAGCCACUGACUGUGCCUGAAAUCCUGAGUCUUACUGGCUCCACCCAUUCACAGCCGUCUGAUCCCAGUAGCGAUGACAUUACCGCUCGACUGAAGGCUUCUUCUGCGUGCCUUGUUGCUGAGUUCUGUUCUCGUCUGACUUGUGUGAACACAGUAAACUUAGCCAGCACCAAGAAACAUGAAGACCUUCCUGAGGAAUGGAGACCCUUCUUCAAGCCGCUGUAUCGAAAAGCGGCCGACUCUCAGCAACAAGCAAAUGCACUACAACUGAUCCUUGAUGAUCUACCUCCGGUGUUUGAAUGGCUGGGCGAGGCAUUUCACAGCUGGGCACACCAACAUCAGAACCUUGAUGUUCUGCUCGAGACGUGCAGGAGAUCUGGCGUCAGCUCGAGACGAGGCACACUGGUGGAUGUGCUGCAUGAGGAGAUAGACACCGUUGUCAAAGACCUGAUGCAGACUAUUCUCCUUGCACUGCUGGACGACUUCAAUCUUCACAAUAUCAUGAGGCUUGGCCUAGUGAAGAGACCCAAAGAACUGCUGCACCUGUUGUCAUUUGUACCAGGCACACCGAUUCCAGUGAAUUGUGAUGGUCGUCUUGUAUCACUGCGAGACAGAACUGCACUCACUCCGUUUUUUAAGCAGAUAUGGUGGCGAAUGGAGCAGAAUGUCGCAUCGAUGCGUGACACCAAACUCGAUAUGGUGCACCAGGUAUUUUCAGCUGAUCCAGUUCUGAAGGACGAGUGGCUGUUCGACACCAGUGACGAUUUCCAGCAAUGCUUCAUUGCAGACUGUAUUUCUUACGUUGCAAAAUGGCCGAAACCUCGUGAGAAUAUGCACCCCAACAUUGCCAUCGGAUUUCUUGUCAAAGAAUUCAAGUCCAUCGAAUCUGGGCCAAGUCUUCUGUCGUUCGUGUGCUGCGCACUCAAACGAAAGGACUACCGCUUGAGACUGUUGUCACUGCUUCACGGAGCUGAUGUCCUGUACGAGAUUGUUGGUCAUGAUAGGUACGGCGCUCUUGAGCAUGCGUUACUGGACAUUGCCGAUGCUGAUGACAUGGUGGAUGAUUUUGCAAAGCUCCUGGUUGACGAGUUGUGGACUGAGCUGGCCAGCUGCUUGCAGAUGCGACCUGGUGAGGAGUUCAAGACUGCUCUGUGCACUUGGCACCUACACUACAAAUAUGGUAACGACCACUGGCCGCAAUCUGGUGUGCCACGUCGCUCCACACAGCUCAGUCAGUUACUGGAGUCCUCCAUUUCCUUCGCUCAACGCAAGUUGCCAGGCAAAGCAGUCCUCUUGGAGACGGUUAGGAGGGUAAUUGACUGCUUCUCCUCGAACGAUGGCUACCUGCAGAGCUUCUUGGCUCGCUACGUCAAGCAGUUCAUUGUCAAUGACGACUGGACAAAGAUAAGUUACGAGAAAGCCACUCUGGGAAAGACCAUAGAAACACUGCUGCGCGAACUCCAGACGCACAGCCCGUAUGACGAGGCUGUGCAGGUCAUGCUGCAUUGUGCCAGGUGGCUUCUGAUUGGUAUGGAAGGUAGACCACUAGCCAGCAUGAAGGACCUGCGCAUGGACGGUGGUUGCAGCCAGACUCUGAGUAUCCUGAACAGCACAGACUUGGACAAUGGUUGCGCGGUACCACUGGCCAUCGGUGCCAGUAUGCUAGAAGACCUGGUGGACAUCAUCACUGAACAAAACCUGAGCCCAGUCAGCACGGUUAUUCGGAACACAGUUGAUCAUGCUCUCGGUGAUGCACUUAUUGGCAAUGAUCUGUUCAGACAAUGUACUUACUACCCGGCAAUGUAUGUCCCACCCUACUUUCCCAGUAGCUUUGCUGAAAUCAACCGAGUGCCGGAAGAAGUCAUUUCAGUGAUGAACAGUCCCUUAGCCCAUGCAUUCUUCCUGAUGGUCUUCAAGCGUGAUGGUCGGUCCGACCGAAACUUAAUGCUGCUGAUGGAAAACGCUCACAUGACUUGUGAAAUCCGUAUGGGAACGUCCUUUGGAGCCUGGGCUGUGGAGAAGUGCUGCUGUAUUCUGCUGGCGUUUCGCCUGGCUGCUGUGAUCACGGCUGGCUUUGCGCGUGUUUUUAACAGCAAGACAGACAGCAGUCGCAUGUCGGAGCUCAGAUUCGAUGAUGCCAAACACGUGGCCAGGCUUUUCAAAGAUCACAAGAAGGCCAACUUGUGGCCGGAGUACUUCUUGCUGGAGGCCAGCCUGGAGCUACAGUGGGGAUCAAUGCUUGACUAUCUGACGGAAAUGAGUAAGCGAGAGGACUCCCACUGGGCCUGCCAGCUGAUCAAGCAGAGUGCUGUUAUCAGCCGAAUGCAGUGUGUGACGCUAAUGGAAUUUUGUAGCGAGCCCUGGACACACUUCAGGGAGGUGAAGCAGAUGUAUGCAACACUAGUGAAGGAGUUAAAGCGGAGCACAGACCCCAUAUCAGUCCUAUGCAAGGUGACAUGGCUUGGAAAAAAGACACCGCCCAGAGAACUCACAACCAGCGGAGAAGUGGCUGUUCUGAUGGCCGUGUAUGAUCAGUUUGUGCAGACAAACAGUGCCGCGGACGUUCGUGGCGUCCUGGAUGCUACCGACCUGCACUGCUCACCGAUUCUGUACGCCGCCCUGCAAAUCCUGCUGUCUGCUCCCUUGGCUAAUCUCGGCCGAGAGGCACGCGAUGUUCUCUAUGGCGCUCAACUACCUGAACAGAAAACCGUGCGAGACAUUCUAAUUUGCUCUCUGGUGUCAUGUAUGCUGGCUCAGGGUGACAGCCACUGCAAGACAUUGCUACACGCUCCCAUCGAUUCGGUUGAUUCUUAUAUGUUCGGAGCGUUCUCCAAGCGAAGCUCAUGUCUGUCGAGAGCUCAGUCUCUUCUGGACUAUUUCCAGUCAGAAGACUUGCCGCUCAUGGCAUAUGAACAGAGUGCUUUGUCCGUAUCACUGUCUCAUGCAGCACUGGAGCUUAACACAAUCCAGACCUUUGCGGCACUGACCUGGCAUUCAUUGCUCUAUUGUGAGAAGCCGGCCACGGGAGCGUCCAGCAACGUUGUCCACCUGCGGCCGCAAAAUGCUACGUCUAAGCCUGGCUCUCCAUGCAGCCCGGCAAGCCUGGACAUCGUGGUCAAGUACAUACAUGCCAUUAAGAGGUCAUACAAGCGCCUGCAGAAAGCUGACAUCAACAUCUCAUCAUUGAACAGCAAGUUGCUUGUUUACAACUCGAUGAUGCACAUGGCGAUGGCGAUGAAUACGCCGUUCAAGGCAUUCUACACGGACAAGAGAGAUCGUUCUUAUGCCGAACAGUUCUAUCAGAACAUAAUCAUUGAUCCAGCUAUUCAGGCCACUUGUCAGAUCACCGAGCACAUCCUUACACAGGAGAGAGAUGCCCUCAAGACCGAUUUUGUCAAGAUCUACCAGAACCAGCGACCGUUCGUGUUUGACCUGGCCGGAGAGAUGUGGUACAUGAUCCUGGAGAGUGGCGACGAGCAUAGUGUUCUGUCUCAUGUCUUUACAUACCUCGCGCAGUACAAAGCAAUACGACACGUAAAGAGUCUGAUUGAGCUGCACCAGCAUGCCCUGAAGUGGUUCUCUCUUGUCUUUAUGCGCGACGAAGUCAUCGACCAACGUUUGACGAUUGGACGGGCCAUCGAGGACAUGCGCAGCUGGAGUGGCCAACGAUCGCAAAAAGAAGUCCGGCAGAGUCUGUACCGGGCUGUCGAAGACUACGCCGUCAUAUGCCGUGCCUUCUCCAAUCUGCCGGGCAGCAGCCAUCCAGCCUGGCUACCACAAAGACACGCGGGCAAAUGUUUGACUGCCGACUCUCUGCUGACUGAUAUCGUGUCCACAGUUGCUGACGGAGGAGAACCGUCGUUUCUCGAGUGUAUAGUGCAGAGUGUUCUCUCCUGGCAAACUGACCUGGUCAAGCUCUGUGCCAUGGUCUUCAGCAUCGGUGCCAGAUCCGAGCAGUCUGCCACACUACCCGAGAAAGUGGAACAGGCACUGUCUGAGAUGAAGGCAGACGUUUCGCCGGAGAAAGUUGUAGCUGACAACGGUGCAGGUCUGCUGAAUCUCACGCAGAAGGACGUGGAUGAACUACUUGAAGUAUACUGUCGCAAGAGAAAGGAUGGUGCUCGGUGGAAAAUCCAUGUUGAUUUUGAAUUGCUGGAGUAUCAAUUCGUUUUACGGUGUGCAUCCAACGUGAGGAAUAUUCUGUGGAAAGACAGCUGCGUACCGCUUUCGUUCACUGCUGAGGAUGGUGAGCAGCUGUCUGCUGGCGAAGUUAGGGACCACCAGCUGACCCACGAGGAGCAGUGCGCCAUUGCGCAAUGCUUGUGUGCCCUGGACAACGUCAAAGAGCUGAUGUACGACUUGAAGCGUUUUGUACAUGACCUGAAGGUCUCUCCCAUUCCCGAUGGCUCUAAAGUGGUGCUUCUGAAGGAUGCUUUGGAAUGGAAACUAGACAAAGAAGGAAUUGAGUACCGUAGGCUGGAGCCUCUUGGUGACCUUGUGGAUGCCCGCAAAAUAGAAGCAGUGAUUUGCAUGCUGGAGUCCUUCUGGCAUAGCGCUGAGUCUGUGGUUUCAAAAUUUCCAGCAACUCUGCAACAUGAGAUGAGGCAGGAAGAUAAGACGCUGGUGAGCACUGCUUUAUCGAAGCUGUUCGAACUGGGAGCCAACGACCACUUGGAUGAACUGCAAAGGAUCAGUGUAAAGUGUAACUUGAUUGAAGAGUGUCUGAGUCUAGUCUACUCAGUUGUUCCCAGUAUGCUCCAAAAUCCGAGUAAGAGCAUCUGUGAAUGUAUUGGCCGGGAUGCGACGCGAGCCAUAUCUGAUGCAGUCCGAGCGCUGAUAGCUGAGUUCCCUCGGUCCAUUCUGGGUUUUCACAGCAAGCAGCUUGUGAGCAUCAUAGCCAGGUUUCUGAGAGAGAAACAGCUCGACACGGAGGCACUACAAGCUCGCUCAUUGACGCUCCAUGAUCCUUGUGAGCUGAGAGAGGCACCGGAUUCAGUGCUGGACGCACCUCAGCAGGUGGCCCCAGCUGACAAGACGCAAAUGACUCCCAUCCGUAUCAAAGUACAACGAGGCUACGGCAUGGAUGUUGUGCAGGACAUCCAGCUUCUAGCACCAGCAGAAGCCUCGAUGGCCGAGCUAUUGACAAGCAACGUGGAGGGAACGGUGGCUUGCUAUUUUGUGUCGCAGAUUCCGUUCACAAUGCAGGAUGUUAACAUGGUGGAGAACUUUGUGCAAGGAGACAGUGAUCAUGUCAUUGAUGUGAUCGCUAUCAUCAAGGCUUGAUGGUGUGCAUGUGUUUGUGCAUCUGUGUGCGUCUGUGUGUCUGUGUGUGUACAUGUGCGUGUGCGUGUGCAUGGGUGUGUGUGUGUGUAUGUAUGUGUGUGUGUUCGAUACCAGUGUGCAGCAAUCCGGCAGCUCCCCGUAUCGCAACAGCCUGGUUCAGUGCAGUGUCCUGCCCGCAGGAGAUGGCUACGUAGCAAGGGUGGGCUUGCAGUACAUAAGUGACAAGUGAGUGGCAAUUGUGACGACCGGCCGCCUAGUGAUGCUCCUCCUGUUGCCGAGGUCCCGGUAUGUACAGCCUGCCAGUGUGUUUUCAAGUCUGCUGCUGGCCGCAAGUGCCAUCGCCGUGGACCUUGCCCGAAGCGCCCUACAGUGACUGAUUGCCAUCACUUUGCACACCAUUGCCGAGUCUGUAGUCGACGCCAAUUCGGAGGCGUCAGGAUCUGGAGCGUCAUUCAAAGCACUGGCUACCUCUCCCCUAACCGCUCUCUGACAGUACCUCCCUUCGACGAGCGGCAUGGCCAUUUCUUGCAGCUGUCAAUAGUAGUCGACAAUAGUAGUAGUGUGUAUGUGUGUGUGUAUGUGUGUGUGUGCCUGUCUGUAUGUAUGUACAGAGGCGUCUGUAUGUACAUGUAUGUAUGUUUGUGUGUGUGUUUGCAUGCUGGAUCUACCCAUGUUAUUCUUCAUGCAGAUUUCCCACUCGAGUCUUUCCUCAUCUUGUUGUAAAGCCGUGACUCCACCAGUCAUAACUUUGAUCCCUACAGUGCAUGUGCCUGCUACCCUACGGUGUAUCCCAUUUGAAAUGUUGUUGCCGCUUUUCUACUUCAUCAAAAUUACUUCAAAGUAUCCAUAUCAUUAGCUGGGUGCUCUUUUUGUCGGGUAUUGUCAGGUAUUGUCGGGUAUUGUCAGGUAGUGUCAGGUAUUGUCAGGUAGUGUUAGUGAUAGUGUUAGUGUUAGUGAUAGUCAGUUGUACGGUGAUGAUGUUUUCUCUGUUGUGGAUCGUGGUAGACCUAAGUUGCACUUGGCUGUUUUAGAGACAUUGUACACUUGUAAGUUGUCCGCUGGGCUAGGUGUUCAGAAGGAAAAUGUAUUGUCCCGGUUUCAAUUGCUUGGCGUUAAUCCCCAUGUAGGUGAUAUGAAUCGUGUUUCUCUUUUUUUUGGUCGAAGUGUUAGUGUUAUUUUUCAUCUUCUUCUUGCAGUUUUUGAUCCACCAGUUGCCCUAAACCUUUCACACGUAUAGCAUGAUGUUUUUAUGUCCUGCAAUAAUUCGCCCAUGUACUUGCUGCGUUAGUUAUUUCGCUGUAUUCCUGUAACAGCCCAUGAUGAGAAGGGAACGGAAACGUUCGGUUCAAAAACA